GGAAAAGGAGGGUCAAGAUCUUUGCUUUUAUUGCACCGUCAUGUGAAAUGAGACAACAGUCAUUCUCUCGGAAGCUGACGUUCAACGAAGAAGCUUCUCAAAGACAUUUUCCUUACUUAUUCGGAAUCUUUGAGGCUGAGCGGAAAGCAACCGCACGAUCAAAAUGCCAGUAGAUCUAUACUACCACAAGAUAUCGCCUCCAUGCAGAUCCGUCCACCUGACGGCGAAGGCCGUGGGACUUUCCUUGAACCUCAAAGAGUUGGACAUUCUCAAAGGAGAACAAAUGACGCCCGAAUUUUUGCCUAUUAAUCCCCAGCACACCAUUCCCGCGCUAGUAGAUGGACAUAUCAAGCUUUGGGAGAGCCGUGCCAUCUGCAGUUACAUAGCCAGCCAAUACGGAAAAGACGACUCCCUUUACCCAACGAACCCAAAGGCCAGAUGUAUUGUAGACCAAAGGCUUUAUUUCGACAUGGGGACGCUUCAGCAACGAUGGCACAAUUAUUAUGCUCCAUCACUGAUACAUGGAAAAUUACCUGAUCCUGCCGACAUGGAAAAGGUGGAAGAGGCUCUCAAUUGGCUAAACGACAUCCUGAAGGAGUAUCCCUGGACAGCUGGUAACACGAUGACCGUGGCUGACUUCUGUUUGGCGGCCACGGUAUCGACCAUAAAUGCCUGUGGUGCCGUAGAUCUGCAGAAAUACACCCGGAUUGACAAGUGGCUGCAGAAAUGCUCGAAGCAGAUGGUAGGAUACAAUGACAUCAAUGUCCCGGGAGCCGAAGAAUGUGGUGAAUUGUACAAAUCAAGAUUAGAAGCUGUAAAGGCCAAGGAGAAAUUAGAUGAUUAAUUUCUCAUGCUUUCUGUUUAUCUUGACUAUCAUUAUUAAUCAGAAGAUGGACCUUAUUCCUAUGGAACUAACUCACAGGGGCCAUUGACUUGAAAUUCAAGUUUCCAGAGCUUUCCAAGGAAUAAAGUGUUGUAAAAAUCCACAAUUAUAUAGUAAAUUUUAUUACCAUGUGAAAGAAUAAAACAAAGGACUACUGCCCUCAUGCUUUGUAUUUUAACAUAGACAAUGAUGAACAAAACCAUUCAGCCAUUCGAAAGAUUUCGUUUUUAUCUUUAACAUAGUAAUACAAUUUAAUAUAGAAUUGUAUAUUUUUACCAUACAGUUGUUUCUCACGAGAUUGCGAAUUUCUUGGCAACAUGGGGUUCAUUAGAAAGAACAGGAGUUAAACGGGAAUACAGAAACAGAUCACUUAUUACAAAAGAAAAAUAAAUUUACAAAUUAACAGAUAAAUAGAUAGAGAUUAAGUAGAUUAUCAAAAUGUAAGGAGAAUUGUAUUAGGGUAGCAUUGCGUUGCAUCUUCGCUAGAAUUUCUGAGGUUUUAAUUGCUCGACUUCCUCACGGGGGUAUCAAGGACCUCUGGAAAUGCGAAGUUCGAUAACGAGGCAUAAAUACUGCACAUCGGUGCUGUUGUUUAGCAAAUUUGGUUGCUCUUAAAGUUCAAGACUCUGAUUGCCAGUUUUGUGAGCCUGAGGAAUCAAAUAUUCAUGCGGUAUAUUUCUGCAAGAAAAUUGCAAACGUCAUAAUAUGGUUAAAUGGAGUUUUGAAGCUAUGUUGCAAUUUUGUUCACUGCAAUUUCAUUAGAAUGGUGUAUUUUGAUUUUCCAGAGUCAUCGAAGAAACAAAGGAACAAUGCAACUUUAAUUUUGUCAAGUUAUAUUGUAAAUACAUGGUUGUUCAAAGACAAGAAUGGGCCUGAACGCUUGAUUAUAAAUAGAAUAAAAGCUUCUAUUACAAAAAACCAGAGAUAUCAAGGCCAUUUUGAAAGAGAAAUUGUUAAAGUAUUUAACAAAGAAUUUUUGUAACAUUAAAAGCAAUGUAUUUCAGAUGAAAAUAAAUGUAGUUCUGGAUUUGUUGAAAUGUUUUGUAAAUAAUUUAUUGAAUAAAAACUGAAAGAAAAAAUAAAAGCUCAACACAAUACAAAUGUAUAAUAAAAACAAUUGUAAAUCUCCGUUUUGGAAAUCAAGGUUAAUAAAUCUCAUCAAAAGACAA